AUGGUCUCCAGAGUGUUAUACCGAGGUACCAUUUCUCGACACUUGCUCGCUGCAUCGAGGGUACGGGUCCAGGGACACGUUCCGGCCAAUUCCGUGCUUGCCGUUUUUUCCACUUCUUCAGUGAGAUUCCAGUCUUCCACCACAGUCAAGUCUGAAACCAAAACUGCUAAGACAAGUGAGGCAGCCUCAAAUACUACUAAUGGUGCUACCGCAUCUAAGCCGAGCGAAUUAACCGCCGACAAGGCUGGUGAAAGCAAGGAGCUUCUCUUGAAGAAAGACAUGCCCACCACAACCGUGGCCAAGGUGGCCACCGAACCUGAAGUGGUCAAGCCACCCCUUUGGGACCGUAUCAAGCACGAGGUUGCUCAUUACUGGAGUGGAACCAAGUUGUUGGGAUACGAAAUAAAGGUGAGUACCAAGUUGUUGGUCAAGAUGAUGUCAGGAUACGGGUUGUCCAGAAGAGAAAGUAACCAGUUGCAGAGAACGUUGGUAGAUGUGGCACGGUUGAUUCCUUUUUCGAUGUUCGUGCUUGUGCCAUUUGCCGAGUUGUUGUUGCCUGUUGCGUUGAAGCUCUUCCCCAACUUGUUGCCUUCCACCUACGAGCUGUCUUCGGACGCCAAAAAGAAGAAGGCACGGUUGUUGAAGGCCAGAACGGCGUCAUCUGAGUUUAUCAAGCAGACUAUGGAGCAAAGCGGACUUAAGUUGCUGAAGAAAAUCUCCGAGAAGGAGAAGCAGGCGUUCGUGUCGUUUUUCGAUAUCAUCUCCAACGGAAAGACUCCUACUCGUGAGCACUUAAUCCAGGUGGCUCGCUUAUUCAAGAACGAUCAGGUUUUGGACAACUUGUCGCGUCCGCAGUUGGUGGCUAUGGCCAAUUACAUGUCGCUUAGACCAUUCGGUACUGACUCCAUCUUGCGGUACCAAAUUAGACACCGUUUGUUGACCAUCAUCAAGGACGACAAGGCCAUUGAUUACGAGGGCGUCGAGUCGUUGACUGUUCCCGAAUUGCAGAUGGCUUGCUCCCAGAGAGGUAUCAAGACCCAGGACGUGUCACCAGGCAGAUUGAGAGAAGACUUAGAGACAUGGUUGGAUUUGAGAUUGAGACAGAAGAUUCCUUCCACACUUUUGAUUCUCUCGUCCGCAUACACGUACGGAGAGCACACCCAGGGCAUUGACACUUACUACGACGCAUUGCUUGCAGUGUUGUCAUCCAUUCCAGAUGAGGUGUACAACGUGGCCAAGUUGGAGUUGUCACACGACGCCAAGUUGAAGUUGAACAUCUUGAAGGAGCAGGAAGAGUUGAUCAACGAAGAGAACCAGAGAGAGAAGCAUACGGUUAACCAGAUUAAGGACAACAUCAAGUUGGAUGAGUUGGAAGAGGCCCAAAGCGGAGGAAUGAAGAUUGAGCAAGACGAGCCUACGGAGGUUUCCGAGUCUAAAUCAUCCGAAUCUGAGUCAUCCGAGUCCCAGCCAUCUGAGUCGAAGGCUUCUGAGUCCAAGUCAACUGAGUCGGAGCUGGAGAAGCCAAAGUCCAGCUAG